AUGUCCCAGUUCGUUGGAUUUGGUGUGAGGGUCGAAUUGAAGGAUGGCAAGCUUAUUCAGGGGAAGAUUGCAAAGGCUACAGGUAAGGGUCUGACGCUUAACGAUGUAAAGUUUGGUGACGGGGGUACGUCACAGGCAUUCAAAGUUAGAGCUUCUCGUCUGAAGGAUUUGAAAGUAUUGAGUGUGGCUAGUGGGAAAUGCGAUUUCAAAGAACCACGAGUUCAACAGGAUUCGGCCGAUUGGCAAGAUGACGAUGUUGCUCAAUUGAAAAAACAGGAUGAUUUUGAUUUCCAGGGAAAUUUACGAAUGUUUAACAAGAAGGAUGUUUUUGCAGAAUUGAAACAACUUGAUGAAGUGGCUCCACAGGAUAGAUUGGUUUCUCAUAAUAAGAAAUCUCCCGAAAACGAUAAGUAUCAAAUUGACGAAUUGGUGAUCCCAAAUGCUAAAAAUGAUGCAUGGAACUCAAUUGAUUCAGAUGAAGACGACGAAGAUGACGAUGAUGAUGAAGAUGAUGAUGAUGAUGAUGAGUAUUAUGACGUCGAGAACGGUCCUGUGACAAAAUCUAUCAACAUAACCCACUUACUCCAUUCCGCCUCGAAGGGCGAAGAAACACAGCAGCAAACCAUGGUCGCACAGCUCGAAAAGAUCAUCAAGAGCAGAUCACAUUCAAUUGCUCCUCCCAGCCCUAGCUCGGUAAAUACUCUCAAGGUAAAGGACUCUAAACAGGUUGUUCCAAUGGCUACGCCGGUGCAAUUACUUGAAAUUGAGAGAGUUAACUCCGAGCAAUUCGGAAUCAACUCGCUAAUCAUGCUAGAAAAUUUCGCUACUAACGCCUCUUUCUUCCUGAAACAGAGACUAGGUGGUCGUUCCAGGCUGCGUCGUGACAACAGUAACGCUGAACCUCUAGUGGUAAUCCUAACAUCGGACUCCAACCGUUCCGGUGCAAGAAGCAUGGCUCUUGGGAGACAUCUGUGUCAAUCCGGUCACAUUAGAGUAAUAGCCAUGUUCACAUGCUCGGCAAGUAACCUGCAGGAUUCUCAGGUGAAGGAACAAUACGAACUGUUUAAGAAAUGUGGUGGUAAAGUCGUCAAUAGCGUUGGCGCAUUGAAAAAUGCUGUAGACAAGCUGAAUAGCCCUGUGGAGAUUGUCAUUGACGCCAUGCAAGGUUUUGACUGUAGUUUGGCUGAUCUCGACGAGAGUUCUUCAACUUCGCAGGACUACGACUCGGCAACUUCCAUGGAGACUCGUACCCUCGACAUUAUCGACUGGUGUAAUGAAUUACAGAAUCAAAGACAAGUAUGGUCUCUAGAUAUACCUAGUGGGUUCGACAGCAGUACAGGGAUGGCUAAUUUCAGCUCUACUGUGCAAGCUACUGGUGUCAUAAGCUGCGGUUGGCCACUAGCUGCAUUGCCUAUGGCUAGCAUGGUCGCACCUAACCGUUUCGAAGAAUGCGCGGUCAUAGACAUGGGCACUCCACACUGCGUAUACUCGCAAAGAACGUCACUACGUAAGUUCCAAUCGUGCGACUUGUUCGUCACCGAGGGCUCUGUAACUUUAGAACUGUAA